AUGGAGGGGUUUGCAUCCAGCGCGUACUGGGGUGCCACGGGUGCGGUGCCGCCUCGUGCUCCAGAUGACGCUGUGUCCAAGCAGCCAUAUCCCUUUCAAGCAGAGAUCAACCGCAAGCUGGUGCCCUUCCCGAAGGACCAGACAAGCUACCCUCGCACGCUAGACUACACGAAUGUGGGGCUUCACUUAAUUCGAGACGACGGUAACAGCAACACGGGAGGUCUCAACGCGUCGCAGCUGCAGAAGCUACGAGAAGGCAGCGGUGACCUUGGCCCACAAGGGCAGGGCAGUGCCGGCUCUCGGAAGCCACGGUUCCUCACGCUGCAAACCACCAAUCAGGCUAUCCCUCGCGCCUUCGACAAUGGUGUGCUAGACGCGCUCCGCGCAGGACAGGCCAAAGAGGACGCCCUCAAGAGAGAGCUGGACAAUCUGGAGGCGACGCCAUACACCGGCGGCGCUGCACCGGAUGUUUUCCGCCUCACCUCAGACGACUACUGUGAUUUUGGAAAGAUGGAUCCGUCCGCGUACCAGCAGAAGGACUGGAAGGAGAGCGAGGAUGGCGUGGGCGUCUACAAGAGCCGCUACAACAACGUCGAGCGCGAGGGGCCUCGGCGCCGUGAGCACACGUUUCAGACCCUUCAGCGUGGCCGCACCGUUGACCGUAUGCUGCUACGUAGCACCCUAGAAGACAGUCGCAAGCAAGCCCUGCCGCAAGGCUACGAGCCCUACUCAGCAAAGGAAUGGAUGAGCACGACCCACCGCGAACAUGCAGCGUAUGACAUUGCAGAGGCGAGCCACAUGAACAGCCGAAACGCCACAGUACCGCUGCGCAACACACACUACGCCCUCUCUCAAGCACACGAAAUGGCUCUCACGCAACGUGACGCUCGCUUUAAGGGGCGCCACGAUGGGAAGUGGGCAACCACCUACUCCUCCGCGUACCCGGAUCGCUCGUCCGAGGCGGAUGUGUGCCAUAAGCACGGCGCCAAGGCUGUCUUCGACAUCCACGACGGCAUCUACACCAUCAAUCCCGAGUACCACCACCCACGUGAGGACGUGCGCACAGGUGAGACCUACACACCAGCGGAAAUGGUACCUGGGCAGUACACCACCAUGUACACCGAACCACUACAGGCUCCGAAUAGCGUCAUUGGCAGCAGUCGCCGCUGCUGA